GUAGCUCUCGAUCAUUGUGGCGAACUUGGAUUGUAGCUACAAUACACGGUACCUACAAGCUCCGCCUCAUCUGAAUCUAGCACGGUGAGAUUAUGGUACAUUGCAGUUUCGAGCAUAUACGGUCUUCAUAAGACCUACAACUUCUUGUACGGAAUGCCUUACUUCCACUUUGCCAUGGACCCAAGACGGCAACCUGCUCCGUCAGAGGCAGAGGAGGAUAAACAAGACCAACCAUCGGGAAACCAGGUUUCAGAUCGCAUUCGUAUCAAGAAUCGACGAAAGCGAUAUCUUGACACACACCCCGAAUACUUUGGCGCGUCUCUGGAGCUUGCUGAUCCUUUGCUCUACGACCGGUUGAUUCGCCGAUUCCAAUCUACCACGGAGAGAGAAGAGGAAGGCCGACAAAAGGGAUACUCUGGCGUUCUCGAAGCAGACCUACUCCGCGCCGAAGCGAAGAUCUCCGCCAUUGCCAACCCCGACCCAAACUCCAUUUUUACAUACCGACGCGGUCCCGAUGGCGAAAUCCUUGCCGAGGAAGCCGAUGAGGUGCCCGACACCAAAGAGGACGGACAAGAACGAUGGCGCUACGAGAUGGAGCAACGGUUCUUGAGAGGGGAUGAUAACGACUUCGACUACGACACCGUGGACGAGAACGAAGACUUGGAUGAUUGGGCAGAGGAAGAUCGGCAGCGUCAGGAAGAAUACUUCGACAAAGAAGAGCCGCACUGGGCCGUCGAUGAUGGCCGAACCAUUAUUGGCGAGACUGGAAUUCAAGAUUUCUAAAUGAUUGCCGCAAUGGGCCAUCUUGUGUAACACGAGCUCUCCGCGUCCAGCCAUGUCCGCAUUCAGAGGAUUUCGGUUGCGAUUCCACGGGACAAAGACGGAUUUGUUUGCAGGACAUCGAGAAUGGGA